GCUUCUUCUCCUCAAUCAUUCAAAUCUUUCGGUUGAAAUGAAAUUCUUCGUCCUUCUUAUCCUUACCGCCCUUUAUGUGGAAAUUCACGCAAGGAGGUUAUGUAGGAUGAUGCGCAAAAGAUACCAAUGUCAAUCUGAUGGAAGCUGUGUGAUGGUUAGACUGUGCUGGCCUCAGUCAAACUCCUACAUAACAUACGACCUGUGCGUGUCUAAAUGUGGAAAGAAAAGUGGUGCCUGCACCACUUGCGCACUUUGUGCGCAGACACCCGAAAUAACAACUCUCUGUACUGAUUAUUGUGAGAAAAAAAUUGAAACGAUAGCUCCAAGGACAACACCCUGAACUGCUUGUAAGGAGAACGCAUAGGAGAAGGACUGACGAAAUAGAAGCAAUAAAUUUUUUCCCAAU